AUGGAAAAAGACAAACUGAUUCAUAAAGUUUGCCAAGACACCAGCGAUAUAUUCACAAGAUUGUUUGAUCAUCGUCCAUUCCUGAACGGCGAAGUUCAACAUUUUAUUCGGGAAUUUGAAGGGAAGAAGAAUACCAAAGACAUUGGUCUCCUUCUGAAAAGCUGUGAAAAAUUGACAGAUAUAAAUGACUUGUUGAAUAAUUCUAUUGGUGACAAUACCAAGGAAGUUAUCUCAAGUUUGUUGAAUAGUAUCUCAAAAACUACCGCAUCACUUGAAGCAGCUUCUUCCCCAAAACCUCUUGAGGAAAAUAAAUAUCUUUUGGACAAAGAAGCACUGCGGCAAAAAAAGAAGGAGGAAGUCUUUGAAAACCACAGAACCAGAUUAUUGUCCUUAGAUAAUCUUGUCAAAGAAAAAGAAUUAGAGUUACGAAACCAUUAUCAACAGCUGGAAGAGAAUUUAAAAAUCAACCUGUAA